GCCCGGGAGCUGGGGGGCGUUGUUACCAGAUGAGGCAUUUCCGCUUCCUCUUGGCCCUGAUGUAUUUGGUUGGACAGGCUUGUUGCGGGGAGGAGGGGGGAACAUUGUUUGCAGUCUGGGAGCUACGCGCACGGAAGGUAAACUGAGCUCCCCAGGGACUCAUCCCUCAGCCUCUGCUCCUGCCCUGCCUUCUCUCUCCAGCUGCCACUCCAGCCUGGAGGCGCUUGCCUCCUCCCUCCCGAAUGGUGCACCUUUUUGCAGGCCUCGGCCCAGGAUCCAGGCCCCCUUUGCCCUCUGCCCCGAAGCUGUUGCUUCAGGCCUCUCUCGGUGGAUUUUUGGUAAAGGAGAGGAAAGAACUUUUGCACAGACAAGGCUAUAGUUCUAGUCACCCCGUCGACAACUUGGAUCUUUGCCCCUAACGGAGUGUGAAAUUCUUUCUGUGACUCCUUCUUCUACCCUUUGAGAAGAUAGAUCCUUCUUGUCAUUCAGAGCCCAGGAAGCCCCAAACUGGGGCCAGGAUCCGAGCAUGUCAGUCCUCUCUUGUCCAUAGGGCUAUGCCCUCUCCCCAUCAGCAUGGCUGAGCUCAGGCAGGUUCCAGGAGGUCGGGAGACCCCACAGGGGGAGCUUCGUGCUGAGGUGGUGGAGGAUGAAGUGCCUCGGAGCCCGGCUGUUGAGGAGCCUGGAGGAGAAGGAAGCAACAGCAACGAGGCCAAAUUGUCUCCAAGAGAGGAGGAAGAAUUGGAUCCUAGAAUACAGGAGGAGCUGGAGCAUCUGAACCAAGCCAGCGAGGAGAUCAACCAGGUGGAACUACAGCUGGAUGAGGCUAGGACCACUUACCGGAGGAUCCUGCAGGAGUCAGCGAGGAAACUUAACAUGCAGGGCUCUCAUUUGGGGAGCUGCAUUGAGAAAGCUCGGCCCUACUAUGAGGCUCGGCGACUGGCUAAAGAGGCCCAGCAGGAGACACAGAAGGCAGCUCUGCGUUAUGAGCGGGCUGUGAGCAUGCACAACGCUGCCCGGGAGAUGGUGUUUGUGGCUGAGCAGGGUGUCAUGGCUGACAAGAACCGGUUGGAUCCCACAUGGCAGGAGAUGCUCAACCAUGCCACCUGCAAGGUGAAUGAAGCAGAAGAAGAGCGACUUCGUGGUGAAAGAGAGCACCAGCGGGUGACAAGACUGUGCCAGCAGGCUGAGGCUCGAGUCCAGGCCUUGCAGAAGACGCUCCGGCGGGCCAUCAGCAAGAGCAGACCUUACUUCGAGCUCAAGGCUCAGUUCAGUCAGAUACUAGAGGAGCACAAGGCCAAGGUGACACAACUGGAGCAGCAGGUGGCCCAGGCCAAGACCCGAUACUCAGUUGCCCUUCGCAACCUGGAGCAGAUCAGUGAACAGAUUCACGCUCGGCGCCGGGGCCUGCCUUCUCAUCCUGCGGGCCAGCGGCGCUCUUCUCCCAUUGGGGCUGAGGCUGGGCCUGAUGGAGGCGAGGAUGGGGAUAGUGGGAUCAUUGAGGGGGCUGAGGGUGGGGGGCUGGAGGAGAGCAGCAGCCUAGGCCCUGGACCUGCCGCUGACACGGACACGCUGAGCCUGUUGAGUCUGCGCACUGUGGCCUCGGACCUGCAGAAGUGUGAUUCAGUGGAGCAUCUGCGAGGCCUCUCAGACCACACCAGUCUGGAUGGCCAGGAACUUGGUUUCCAGAGCGGGGGCCGCCGAGGCAGUGACGGUGGGGGCCGAGGGGGCCGCCAUCAACGCAGUGUCAGCCUGUAGCCCUUGGUUCAGGACAGUAGGUUCAUCUCUUGCUAUCACCAUCCCACACAGGGCUGGGCAGACCUUCAGCUCUGUCUGCUUAGGUCCCUGCUUCCAUAGAAGAAGCAGGUCGGACCGUCAGAAGUCUUAUCUCUACUCGUCACGUCUCCCCGCCUCCCCCCCCCAACACCUCAGUCCUGAGGCCCUUUUUUGCCCUCUUUCUGACUUCGUUUAUCUGUCUAACUUUCCCCUCAGGAAACCUGGUCUAGAAGGCACAGGGAGGCACACCAGAGAUGUGGGUGCUGGACCUGAUCCCUGCAUCUUGGUUCCCAGCCUGAGUGGAUGGACAGGUGCCCUUUCUGUAGUUCCAACCCCUCCCACCACCUCUUCUCCUGGGGGUGCCCUAGGGAUGCUGCUGAACCCUCUCAGAGCCUCGUGCCCUGCCCUCUGUGUGUAAACUGUAAGAUGCACUGUGGGACUACGUGCCUCCGGAAGACACUACCUGUUCCUUCUGCACCCACCCUCGUGACCUAAGCAACUCUUGCUAUGCUUGUUCCAGUGCGGGGCUGAAAGGGGACCGGUAUCAGGGUAGUUGAAACCUAACCCUAGUGUCAGCAUAGGGAAGGAACACCACCGAUUGCACAGGCUCACGUGUGCGUGGCAUUUCCCCAGCUGGGCUGGGCCCUUAACGUUGCCAGGGUGCUAGUGAGUCUCCAAUGGUGUUCAUGUUGAGUGGAUGUACUAGGUACCUGUGGUUGAGGACCCCGUCAUUCUUGCUGUGGAGUUAGGUUUACUUUUUUUUUUUUUUUUUUCUUUUUCUGACUGGAAGGUGCUGAACUGCAUUCCAGCACCUUCCUGCAAGGUGGAGUUAGGGAAUUUGGUGCUCAACUGCUCUCCCUUGCUCUUCCCCAAACCAAAUCAUACCUACUCCAGGAUCCCUUCGGGGGGAUAUUAAAGUUUGACAGCUGAAUUCCUGCAGGGAAGGACUGGUCUGGGACGAGGCCCACCCUCUGCAGGGAACAGCUCCAGGUGUCCCAUGACGUCCCUGGGCUGUGUAUGAAUACAUAGGGUGGGCGAAGGGGCAGUUGAGAAAUCACACCAGAGGGUGCCUUGGGAGAAUUGAUCCUUCCUGUCCCACUCCAGGAGGGUUGAGAGCUGGACUUUGGGCAUGAGAUCUGCCUAGCCUGCGCUGCUGCCAUUGACUGGAGGGGAGUGGGCCUUCUCAUUUAGGGUGUUUUCUGUUCUGGGGUUGAGGCAGGAUGGUCACGAUGAAAACCACUGGGUUUGAGGUGGCCAGGGGUGGAGGGAAGAACAGGAGAAUUUGGGCAUGCGUGCAUGUAUGUGCCAGUGUGUGUGUAUGGGAAAGGCUCCGCCCCUGAUUUUAUUUAAAUAAAAUAGUUUAUGUAACA